AUGAGGCUCCUGACCGCUGCUCUGCUCCUGCUGCUUCUGGCUCUGUGCGCCGCGGGAGUGGACGGGUCCAAAUGCAAGUGCUCCCGGAAGGGGCCCAAAAUCCGCUACAGCGACGUGAAGAAGCUGGAGAUGAAGCCAAAGUACCCACACUGCGAGGAGAAGAUGGUUAUCAUCACCACCAAAAGCGUGUCCAGAUACCGGGGUCAGGAGCACUGCCUGCACCCCAAGCUGCAGAGCACCAAGAGAUUCAUCAAGUGGUACAAUGCCUGGAAUGAGAAGCGCAGGGUCUACGAAGAAUAG